GCUGCAGCGCGGGGGCCGGGGCAGAUUUUGGGCUGAGCCCUCAUUUCCUCUGCGUGGGGCUGGGUGCACACCCUUAGAGCUGCUGGGACUCAUCCGGCUGUACCACGCGGUGAGUGCCCGUCCUGCCGGGCCUGUCCUGUGCCCUGCUCUCCCCUCACCACUUCCAGCGUGUCCAGCCCCCCAAGUCCAGCAGAAGGUGAGCAGAGGGAGCACCUGGAUCCCUGCCCUCCGUCUCGGAGCCCCCUGCUUGGCAGGGAUGGGGGACUGGAGCGUGCCCAUCGGCGCCCUGGGCGAGGAGGUGGUGGCCCGGCUGUGUGAGCUCCUGGAUAACGCGGGCCGGGGCUGGCGCAAGCUGGCUGAGCUGGCCGGGGCUGAGAAACGCUUCAAGUGCAGCGCCGAGGAGCUGGAGAUGUGCUCGCUGAAGGUGCUGGAGCCCCGCGGCAGCCCCACGCAGUGCCUGCUGCAGCUCCUGGCCGAGCGCGACUGCACCCUCAAGUACCUGCUGGGCUGCCUGGAGCAGAUGGGGCACACAAAGGCCUGCCGGGUCCUCAGCGCCGCCGUCCAGGACAUGAUCCGCAUCACGGUGCAGCCGGAGUCACAGGUGGUGGCAGAGGGGACACGAGUGUCCCUGACCUGCUGUGCCACCGGCCCACCGGGGCUCGUGUACCAGUGGUUCUGUGGGAAACGGGAGGUGCCUGGAGCCACGUCCCCGGAGCUGGUGAUCGACACGGCCGCCCCGCCGGGCCAGCCCGAGUGGUACAUCUGCCGGGUGAACUGUGGGGCCACCUUCGCCUUCUCCAGGUGGGCCCACGUCCAGGUGGAGAAGAGCGGCAGCCCCAGCUCCAGCCAGUGGUUACUGCCCGAGCAUGGCAGGGCUGCAGAUCCUGCGGCAGCCACGGCCGUGCCGCCUGGCCGAGGGGGACACGCUGGCCUGGAGUGCAGAGCCAUCGGCAACCCCCCGCCCCAGUACCAGUGGUUCAGGAACCGACGUCCUGUGGAGGGGGCUCAGGCACCCCAGCUCCAGGUGAAGCUGGUGACAACGGCCGAGCGGGGCAGCUACUGCUGCCGAGUGUUCAACCUCUUCCACGAGGUGUGGAGCCAGGAGGUAGAUGUGGAGAUCGGCCCACGGCUCUUCACCUCUGGAGGCUCCUGGCAGGAAGGGGAUGGAGGCUCCCCAGAGUGUGGCAAUCCCGGCCAGUUGUAUGCCACGGACAAAGUGGCGCUGCUGAUCGGCAACAUGCACUACCUGCACCACAAGCAGCUGCAGGCGCCCAUGGUGGACGUUCAUGCCCUCAGUGCCCUCCUCCGCCAGCUCGACUUCAAGGUGGUCUCGCUGCUGGACCUGUGCAAGGCUGAGAUGCAGAUGGCUGUCAACGAGUUCCUCCUCCUUCUCGACAAGGGCGUCUAUGGUUUGCUCUACUACGCCGGGCACGGCUAUGAAAAUUUCGGCAACAGCUUCAUGGUGCCCAUCGAUGCGCCCAGCGCCUACACGUCGGCGCACUGCCUGUGCGUGCAGCGGGUGCUGCGGGCGAUGCAGGAGCGCCGCACCGGCCUCAACACCUUCCUGCUCGACAUGUGCCGCAAGAGGAACCUCAACGACGAUGUCAUCCCGCAGGUCGGGGCGCUGGAGGUCACGGCCAAUAUCGUCUUUGGCUACGCCACGUGUGCGGAUGCCGAAGCCUAUGAGCUGAGCCAGGGCGAGCUCUCCAACGGCAUCUUCGUCACCUUCCUCAAGCGCUGGCUGCUGGAGGACGAGAAGAUCACGGUGCUGCUGGACAAGGUGGCCGAGGACAUGGGCACGCUGGAGAUCACGCGGGGCCGGCAGGCGCUGGAGCUUCGCAGCAACCUCUCGGAGAGACGAGCUCUGACGGACCCCAUCCGCCCCCCGGGCCGGGAUGAGACCUCUGCCAGGAACCUGCAGUGGGCCAAGGCUCAUGUGCUGCCGGAGAGCCGCCACCUCCGCUUCGACUGCGGCGUCACCGUCCAGCUGGGCUUCGCCGCCGAGUUCUCCAACAUCAUGAUCAUCUACACGCGGGUGGUGGCUGCCCCCACGGACAUCACCAAGUGCGAGGCCAGGCUCACUGACAUCCCUGAGGAGCUGGACGUGGACCUCAAGUGCACCAACAAGGAGAGCCCGGAGGAGGUGGGCAGCCCCCUGGCACCUGUCUGGAGCCUCGGCUGCCCCUCCUGCUGCCUCUACAGCCGGAUCUGUGGCUUGCAGAAGCUGCGGCAGGAGCUGGCCUUCACCGUGUGCCUGCAGUACCGCUACCGGGGCAUGGACGACUUCGUGGAGGAGCGGCAGCGGGUGAGCGUGGGGCGGCCGCUCAUCGCCAAGCUCAACCUGCAGCGGGCGGCCUCGCCCCCCCCGCCUCGCAGCCCCCUCUCCUCCUCCCCCUCUGAGAGCUGGGGGGCAACAGGCAGCUCGUGGGUCAACACCCCUGAGGAGAACCUGAGCCCUGACGUCCCCAGCUCCCACGCCCUGUAG